AUGUCAGGAAUUGAUCAAAAUAAUAAUAAUAGUACACCUCCCACACUUCCCACACAAAAAUCAGAAAAUAUUCCACCUAUUCCACCACCGCCGUCACCUUCACAACAAUCGCAAAAUGAAAAAGAAAAACAUGUCGAGGAAUCAACUCCGAACUCUUCAACCAAAAGUGAUGAAAAUUCAAAUGAUAAACCAAAACUUCGAUUAUCAACGCCAAUUCAUGAUUUUGUAGUUGACAUAGCUGCUAACAAUGAGAAUGGAAACGACGAAGAAUCAUUUUUGGGGGAUCAUACCACUUCAUAUAAUUUAACUAGAAAACUUUCUAAUGCCGAAGAAGAUGUCUGCUAUCCAUUAAGAAUUGCUAAAAGUGACGGUUUUGAUUACGAAGCAUUGGAAGAAUAUAUUAGAGGAGAAAAGCUUUUAAAUAAAAAUGACAAGGAUCAAUGUCUUUCGCCUGUAGAAAGUGAACCGAGAAAAUUAUCAUUAAGAAGAGUUAGUGAAUUUAGUGAAAGAAUUAAGAACUUUAACGAAAUAAGAGAGGAUUAUCGAUUUGUUUUUUAUUCUGUAGCAUCAGGAACCAUCAAAGCAAAGUCACUUGCAGAAAUUUCACCUGAGGGUAAAACAAUGACCGAGUUAUUAAAGCAAGGGAUUUUUUGGCUUGACGUCCUUGCACCAACUGAUUCAGAGAUGAGAAUCUUAAGCUCGAUUUUCCAUAUUCAUCCAUUGACAAUGGAAGAUAUUGAAACCGAGGAAUCACGAGAGAAAUGUGAAGUUUUCAAAAAUUAUUAUUUUAUUAGCUUUAAAUCUCAUGAUAAUAAUGUAAACACGGCUGAAGUUGAGCCCGUUAAUAUGUAUAAUGUUGUCAUGAGAGAAGGAAUUUUGAAUAGGAUACGACACUUGAAAGAUUUCAUCACAGUUACGCCCGGUUGGUUGGUUAUAGUAUAA